GCCGGGAGGGGAAACCAUUACAAACGUUUUCGAUGCAUGAAAGCGUUUCAGUGCACGUCCUAUUUGUAAACCUCUUCAGUAGGGCGAUUUUGCGCGCUCCCGUGGACUCGCCAUAGAAAACAAAGCUGAACGUCUUCCAUAACAGCUAGAGGUGCAGACUUGAGGAAUAUCCGAAUUUAGUCUGCAUACAGCGAGCUGAAUAUGGAUUUACUGUGGGUGUAGCAUCGUUGGAGACCGAGCCUUCUCGGUUGGAGUGACAGCAGGACACUAGCGAAACCACCGAAAAUAACAGCUGUGUCUUUUUUCUCGGGGUGCUUUGUCUAGUCCACCUAACGAUAGCAAACCAUCACUGUCGUUUUAACCGCAAGAUAUUCAGCUAGUUCUUACUAGCUGCUGCCGGGAUGUAUCACCAUGUUGUCACCAAAAAGUAACCGCUAAGACGUCGAAUUGUGAAGGAAACGCAAGAAAACAUCUCCCGGGUCCCGACGGGUUGUCACUGGGACCUGAAUCUGUGUUAGCCACAGUCGCGGAACCCACUGUUUUUGGCGAUAUGGCGGAGCAAGGCUACUCAUCCUGGGCGUACUCCCUAGUUGACUCCAGUCAGGUGUCCACCUUCCUCAUUUCCAUUCUGCUCAUUGUCUAUGGCAGCUUCAGGUCAUUAAACAUGGAUUGUGAGAACCAGGACAAGGAUAAGGAUGGAAACCCUUCAACAACGGGGUCAUUCAAUAACAACAAUACAAACAACAGCAUUCAGACUAUAGACUCCACACAGGCCCUGUUUCUGCCCAUAGGAGCCUCAGUGUCUCUGCUAGUCAUGUUUUUCUUCUUCGACUCUGUACAGGUGGUCUUCACCAUCUGCACUGCAGUUCUUGCAACAAUUGCAUUUGCAUUCCUUUUGUUGCCAAUGUGCCAGUAUCUGACCAGACCCUGCUCCCCACAGAACAAGAUUUCGUUUGGUUGCUGUGGGCGCUUCACUCUGGCUGAGCUCCUGUCUUUCUCACUCUCUGUUAUGCUGGUGCUCAUCUGGGUGCUGACUGGACACUGGCUUCUCAUGGACGCUUUAGCCAUGGGCUUGUGCGUCGCCAUGAUAGCGUUUGUGCGACUUCCCAGUUUGAAGGUGUCUUGCCUGCUGCUGUCAGGACUGCUCAUUUAUGAUGUUUUCUGGGUGUUUUUCUCAGCAUACAUCUUCAAUAGUAAUGUGAUGGUCAAAGUAGCCACUCAGCCUGCUGAAAAUCCCAUAGAUGUCCUGUCCAGGAAGCUCCAUUUGGGGCCGGGGAUGGGCCGUGACGUACCCCGCCUCUCCUUGCCCGGCAAACUCGUCUUUCCCAGUUCCACAGGAAGUCACUUCUCGAUGCUGGGAAUAGGAGACAUCGUGAUGCCAGGGCUGCUGUUAUGCUUUGUCCUGCGUUAUGAUAACUACAAGAAGCAAGCGACCGGGGAAGUCCCAGGGCCCGGUAACAUGUCUGGCCGCAUGCAGCGCGUCUCCUAUUUCCACUGCACUCUCAUCGGAUACUUUGUAGGACUGCUGACUGCCACCGUGGCCUCCAGGAUCCAUCGUGCUGCACAGCCCGCUCUGCUCUACCUGGUGCCCUUCACCCUGCUGCCUCUGCUCACCAUGGCCUACCUGAAGGGGGAUUUGCGGCGCAUGUGGUCUGAGCCUUUCCACACUAAGUCUAGCAGCUCUCGCUUCCUAGAGGUAUGAUACAACUUGGGACAAGCGACCAGCACGGAGAAGUUCUUUUUUU